UUAUCAUUGAAGAAUAAAGAAGAAAAAUUUUAAUAAUAAUUGAAUUAACUGUAAAAAAACAAUCAGUAAGAUAAUAUACUGUUGUGAAAUUUCAUGUCUUUUUUCAUUAAUAACGACGGAUGAUUAAAUAGCGUUUAUAUACACGAAAUUAUUAAAUCGAUUCUACGACAAGGAUAGAAAAAGAUUUUGAAAAAGCGGCAACCGCAGCACAGCAAAAAGUUCGGGAAUAUCUUGAAUCUACGACGUCGUCGUGUUGAUAAAACGGUGAAAAGAUGAAUCCAGGAGCACCAAAUUAUCCGAUGGCUUCUUUAUACGUUGGUGAUCUUCAUUCGGACAUAACCGAAGCUAUGCUUUUUGAAAAAUUUUCAUCCGCGGGACCAGUUUUAUCCAUACGGGUUUGUAGGGAUAUGAUUACUCGUCGUUCUCUCGGCUAUGCUUAUGUCAAUUUUCAACAACCAGCUGACGCCGAGCGUGCGUUAGAUACAAUGAAUUUCGACAUGAUAAAAGGACGUCCAAUAAGGAUAAUGUGGUCACAGCGAGAUCCUUCUCUGAGAAAAUCUGGUGUCGGAAAUGUAUUCAUCAAGAAUCUGGAUAAACAUAUUGACAACAAAGCAAUGUACGACACAUUCUCGGCGUUUGGUAAUAUUCUCAGUUGUAAAGUAGCACAAGAUGAAACAGGAGCUUCCAAAGGAUAUGGGUUCGUACAUUUUGAAACCGAGGAGGCCGCCAAUAAGUCCAUCGACAAAGUAAACGGCAUGCUGCUUAAUGGAAAAAAAGUUUACGUUGGAAAAUUUAUCCCAAGGAAAGAACGCGAAAAGGAACUAGGUGAAAAGGCUAAGCUGUUUACUAACGUGUACGUCAAGAAUUUCGGCGAAGAAAUGACCGAUGAAAAACUCCGAGAUAUGUUCGAAAAAUAUGGUCCAAUUACGAGUCAUAAAGUCAUGAAUAAGGACGAUGGUAAACCUCGAGGUUUUGGUUUUGUGGCGUUUGAAGAUCCCGAUGCAGCUGAGCAAGCAGUCUUAGACCUCAACGGUAAAGAAAUAAUUGACGGAAAAUGCAUGUAUGUCGGAAGAGCGCAGAAGAAGGCCGAACGUCAGCAAGAAUUGAAGCGUAAAUUUGAGCAACUUAAAAUAGAGCGGCUGAAUCGUUACCAGGGUGUAAAUCUCUACGUUAAAAAUCUAGAUGAUACAAUAGACGACGAACGUCUGCGCAAAGAAUUCACACCCUUUGGGACAAUAACCUCUGCCAAAGUAAUGAUGGAGGAAGGACGUAGCAAGGGUUUUGGAUUUGUCUGUUUCUCGUCUCCGGAGGAGGCGACGAAGGCGGUUACAGAAAUGAACGGACGUAUUGUCGGUACAAAACCACUCUACGUUGCUCUUGCUCAACGUAAAGAAGAUCGCAAGGCUCAUCUCGCUUCACAAUACAUGCAGAGAAUGGCCAACAUGCGCAUGCAACAAAUAGGCCAGAUUUACCAGCCGGGUGCGGCAGGCAGCUAUUUUGUUCCUACCAUUCCACAGCCACAGAGAUUUUAUGGACCUGCUCAAAUGGCCCAGAUUCGUGCUACACCAAGGUGGCCGGCGCAACCUAAUCAAGUCCGACCUAACUCUCAAACAGGGGGCUCCGGAUUUGCAACUAUGCCAGGCCAGUUCCGCGCUGCGGCUAGAGCUCCAGCAGCACAAGCCGGUGCUAUGCGUAACACUCUCUCCGCCAGGCCCAUUACUGGUCAGCAAGCAGUCGGAGGUGCUAAUAUGCCUGGUAGAACAAUGGCCGGAGGUCCAGCAGUCGGUGUAUCACCUCAAGGUCGUACAUCGAACUACAAAUAUACAGCGAACAUGCGUAAUCCUCCUCCAGCAAUGGCUAUUCCCGCUCCAGCUCCGGUUCAACAAGCGGUCCACAUUCAAGGUCAAGAACCACUGACGGCCACAAUGCUUGCAGCAGCUCAACCUCAAGAACAAAAACAAAUGUUGGGAGAACGUUUAUUCCCCUUGAUUCAAAGAAUGUAUUCGGAUCUUGCUGGCAAGAUCACUGGAAUGUUGCUCGAAAUCGACAACUCUGAAUUACUUCACAUGCUCGAACACAACGAGUCUCUAAAAGCAAAGGUUGAAGAAGCUGUCGCAGUACUUCAAGCUCAUCAGGCUAAACAGGCUGUUGCUCCCAAAAAAGAGUAGAGGAGUUAUAAAAAUACCAGGAAGGGAUAGUUCAGCCCGCCAAAUAUGAAUUCUAUUCUAUUUCAGUUACUUUGUUUUUUUUUUCUAUUGUCAUUAUUAUUUUUACUUUCAUUGUCGUUGCAAUGAUAAUUAUAUUUACUAUCAGUACUACUA